CUUGUAAUUAAUUACCCGCAGAACAAGCAUCUCACUCGAUUCACGAAUUUUAGAGACUGUCACUCGUUGGACCAGCUUGUCGCGCAAUUUGAACUAUGGCUCUUCCUUCAAUCGCCUGCGUUGCCUUUGUGGCAAAGAAUGACCAUCCUCUACAUAUCACAGUCUUCCCUCCGUUUGUCGAGUCUCGCCUCAGGUUUUCGUUUCUGAUAAAUUCGUCUCUUGAUAUUUUCGAUCUUCGCACCAAGGAUACAUUCAUAGACCAAGACUUAGGCCUCUUACAAGCUUUUGACGAAAACUUAGCAGUCUAUGGCUGGCUCACUAAUACCGGGGUCAAGAUCUUGAUUAUUGUCAAUCUUGCAGGUGGUCGAUUACCGCCGGAGCCAGAGAGACGCAAAGCCACCAGAGUCACAGGUAUCAAUGAUUCGGACUUGAAACCUGCUUUUCGAGCAUUGCAAACCGCAUACAUCAAACUACUACAAAACCCUUUUUACAGUCCAGACAGCCUCGGCUCCAAACCACAAGACUCCGCAUCAAAAGCCUCCAUAGGCAUCACAGACCAAAAAUUCAUUUCCGAGGUGAAACGGGUUGGCGAAAGUUGGUCUCCAGGUCUUUCUAGCAUCUAA